ACUCCACACGCACUGUUCCUGCCCUAUAUAAGACCAUUGCCUCUACUGUCCGUCCUCGCACAUUCAGAGCAGCACCACCCAGAGCUUAACCAUGAAAUUCGUGGCUCUUGCACUGACCAUCCUCUUGGCUGUGGGUUCCCAGGCCCGUUUCCUGCAGGCCGAUGCUCCUUCCCAGCUGGAGCACUACAAGGCAGCAGCCUUGGUGUACCUGAGCCAGGUCAAAGAGCAGGCUCAGAAGGCCUUCGACAACUUAGACGGAACCGACUAUGAGCAAUACAAGGUGCAACUUUCAGAGAGCCUGACUAAGCUCCAAGAUUAUGCCCAGUCCACCUCCCAGACUCUGACUCCCUACGCCGAGUCCAUCUCUAACCAGUUCCUGGAGAACACCAAGCAGCUGCGCGAGCGUGUCAUGACCGACCUCGAGGAUCUUCGUUCCAAGCUGGAGCCCCACCGCGCUGAGCUGUAUGUGGUGCUUCAAAAGCACUUUGACGAGUACCGUGAAAAGCUGGAGCCCGUCAUCCAGGAAUACGCCACCCUGAACCGUGAAAAUGCUGAGCAGCUGCGUGCCAAGCUGGAGCCCGUGUUGGAGGAGAUGAGGCAGAAGUUUGAGAGCAACGUUGAGGAGACCAAGUCUAAGCUUGUGCCGAUGGUCGAGGCCAUACGCGCUAAGCUGACCGAGCAUCUGGAGGAGCUGAAGAGCAUGGCUGCCCCUUAUGCUGAGGAAUACAAGGAACAGCUGGUGAAGGCUGUUGAGGAGGCCAAAGAGAAGCUCGCCCCACACACCCAGGACCUCCAGGCACGCAUGGAGCCCUACGUGGAGAAUGCGAGGGCCAAGUUUGCACAGGUGUAUGAAACCAUCGCCCAGGCCAUCCAGGCAUAAAAAUGCACAGGACUUUGCACACUCAGAUCCUCAGAUGACAGCAAGAACAGAUACUCGUGUUUGGCAAUGGAAGGAGUGUAGAUGCAAGGGUUGUGUUAUGAAUGUAAUAGUGCUAACAAAUGCAAACAAAUAAA